CUCCUUCCGGCUCGCGAAGUGGCGCGCCUUCCGCACGUGCCUCGUUUUCUGGGAUAUCUGGAUUACUCCUGCAACCGGUGAUCUUGUCAAGUCGGGUCUCCUUUCAGGCGUAAGGAUGAAGGCAAGAAGAAAUAAGAAACAGCUUCCAAGCUUUCGCAAGUUGCUAAAAACUAGUAAAGUCAAGCUUGAAAACAAGCUAAAAAAUAAACAAUUUAAACAACAAAGCGCUCUCAAGAAGUACCGAAAAGAACAGAGGAAACUAAGGCAAGCUGUAAGAGAUGCUGUGUCUAAGAAACCAAUUCCAUUGGAGGACCCAAAGGAUAAACGUGGACCAGGUAAAAGGGUUGAGAGGGAAGAGGAGGAAGAAGAGGAAGCCCUUCCAUUAGAUAUGAUGGAUGAAGAUGACUUACAGUUAAUGAAGGAUUUAGGACAAAGAGCAUCUUUUCUAACAAGAGAUCUUUCUUCUAGUGAACCUGUUCAUACCAGGAAACGAAAGCAUGAGCGCGUUAUAGAUAAAUAUGAAAAAAUACCAAGAACUCUACAGACCGAACCAGAGAAGGAACUGAUUCAUUUGCUUCCUAUCAAAGAUAAAAGUGGUAUAAUCCCACAGACCAGGGAGAAGCCAGUUAUUGACAGUAACAAAGAAGAAGAGGAUCAAGAAGAAGACAUGGUGCUUGAGGAAGAGAUCAUUGAGGAUCCUAUUCAAGAGCUGACCAUAGAAGAACAUUUGAUUGAGAGAAAGAAGAAACUACAGGAGAAGAAACUGCAUAUUGCAGCCUUGGCAUCUGCUGUAUUAUCAGAUCCAGAAAGUAAUAUUAAAAAAUUGAAAGAAUUACGUUCCAUGCUGAUGGAACAGGAUCCUGAUGUGGCUGUUACUGUCCGAAAGCUGGUGAUUGUUUCUCUAAUGGAGUUAUUUAAAGACAUUACUCCUUCAUAUAAAAUCCGACCUCUCACAGAAGCAGAAAAAUCUUCCAAGAUCCGCAAGGAAACUCAAAAGUUGAGAGAAUUUGAAGAAGGCCUGGUUAGCCAAUACAAAUUUUAUUUGGAAAAUCUGGAGCAAAUGGUUAAAGAUUGGAAGCAAAGGAAGCUGAAGAAAAGUAAUGUAGUUUCCUUGAAAGCAUACAAAGGACUGGCAGAAGUGGCUGUGAAGUGCCUGUGUGAGCUGUUGGUGGCGCUACCUCAUUUUAACUUCCACAACAACAUUAUUGUAUUGAUUGUCCCACUUAUGAAUGACAUGUCAAAAUUGAUAUCUGAAAUGUGUUGUGAGGCAGUAAAGAAACUCUUCAAACAAGAUAAAUUAGGCCAAGCUUCUCUUGGUGUAAUUAAAGUAAUUUCUGGUUUUGUGAAGGGCAGAAAUUAUGACGUUAGGCCAGAGAUGUUAAAAACAUUUUUGUGCCUAAGAAUCAAGGAAGUAGAAGUGAAAAAAGAUACAGAAGACAUUAAUAAACCAAAAAAGUUUAUGACUUUUAAGGAAAAGAGAAAGAAUCUAUCAAGAAUGCAGAGAAAGUGGAAAAAAGCAGAAGAGAAACUAGAACGAGAGCUACGGGAGGCAGAAGCUUCAGAGAGUACUGAGAAAAAACUUAAAUUGCACACGGAGACUCUGAAUAUUGUGUUUGUAACCUACUUCAGAAUAUUGAAGAAGGCCCAGAGGUCACCUCUCCUGCCAGCCGUUCUAGAAGGCCUUGCCAAGUUUGCUCACCUUAUAAAUGUGGAAUUUUUUGAUGAUUUGUUAGUAGUUCUUCAUACUCUCAUUGAAUCUGGAGACCUAAGCUAUCAGGAAAGUCUUCACUGUGUCCAGACUGCUUUUCAUAUUCUUUCUGGACAAGGUGAUGUUCUGAAUAUUGAUCCAAUGAAAUUCUAUACACAUCUCUACAAAACACUGUUCAAGUUACAUGCAGGUGCUACCAAUGAAGGUGUUGAGAUUGUACUCCAGUGCCUUGAUGUCAUGCUGACUAAGCGCAGAAAGCAAGUUUCUCAGCAGCGAGCCUUUGCCUUCAUCAAGCGCCUUUGUACCUUAGCUCUUCAUGUUCUUCCAAAUUCAAGCAUUGGCAUUUUAGCAACUACCAGAAUAUUAAUGCAUACUUUCCCCAAAACAGAUUUGUUGCUUGACAGUGAAUCUCAGGGAAGUGGAGUUUUCCUCCCUGAGCUGGAUGAGCCCGAGUACUGUAACGCCCAGAACACUGCUCUGUGGGAAUUGCAUGCACUUCAGAGAUAUUAUCAUCCCAUAGUGCAGAAAUUUGCAUCUCACCUGAUUGCUGGAGCCCCUUCUGAAGGCUCUGAAGCCCUCAAACCAGAGUUGAGUCGAAGAUCGGCUGUGGAACUGUUUGAGGCCUAUAGCAUGGCAGCAAUGACGUUUAAUCCUCCUGUUCAGUCUUCAGCCUCCAAAAUUAAGGGUAAAAAUUUACAAGGGGAUUCCUUUUUGAAUGAAGAUUUAAAUCAGUUGGUCAAAAGACAUUGCAAUGAAGUCGUUACUCAGUUGCCUUUGGAUUUCACCAAAUGUUUGGAAACAUCACUGCAAUUGUAGAAGAAUGAAGAGUCAGUGGACUUCCUUGUGUAUAUAUGUGUGUGCAGAUCCAAAAAAAAAAUAAUAAGCUAUUAACUUAGGACCUUUUCUUUUUAUACAAAGAAAACUUCCUAAGAAUGAUUAGGAAGGGGAGGAAGAAUUACCUUUUGUAUAGUAGUUCUGCCCCCGUUCUAAAAAUGUUAUUUCAUUAAGGAGAUUGAAAGCUGUUCCCCCACCCCAAUAGUUGGAAAUUUCUAUUAUUAACAUGUUGCCUUUUUAAAACUUCAUGUACCCAUAGUAAGUUAUAGUUAAAAAAAAUCUUUGGACUGGAUCUUACUGAAAUCCAGUUGAUGUAUUAAUUUUAGAACAUAGAGCACAGAAAAAUCAAGACCAUGAGAAUACUUGUUACCAUUUAAUAUUCUUUAUAACUACUCUUUAAAACUGAAUAAAUAUUAUUUUUAUUACAACAGUAUAAUGGAAAUAAGAAAGAUUUUAAAUUUGAGUAAAUAUAUUAUUGUGAAGAUUUUUUUUUUUUUUUUUUUUGAGACAGUCUCAAACUGUCGCCCUAGGUAGAGUGCCAUGGCAUCAUAGCUCACAGCAACCUCAAACUCUUGGGCUUAAGUGAUUCUCUUUUCUCAGCCUCCCAAAGUAGCGGGGACUAUAGGCGCCUGCCACAAUGCCUGGCUAUUUUUGUUGUUGUUGCAGUUGUCAUUGUUAUUUUAGCUGGCCCAGGCUGGGUUCAAACCCGCCAGCCUGUGUGUAUGUGGUUGACACCCUACCCACUGCUACAGGUGCUGCCUUUGUGAAGAUUUUUGAGAAAAAAAAUAGCUUGAAAUAGAAUUUAGGUUCAGUGGCUUUUGCUGAUAUGGCUCAAGAAGUAACCUAACAAGGCCUUUUAAAAAAGGAAUCAUCAAGCUAGACCUGGUUGCUCCUGCCUAUAAUCCUAGCACUCUGGGAGGCCAAGGUAGGUAGCUUGCCUGAGCUUAGGAGUUCAAGACCAGCCUGAGCAAGACCCCAUCUCUACUAAAAAUAGAAAAGAGGAUCUCUUGAGUUCAAGAGUUUGAGGUUGCUGUGAGCUGUGAUGCUAGCGUACUCUACUCAGGGCACAGAGUGAGACUCUUUCCCCCCAAAAAUAAAAAGAAUCAUCAUAAGAGUUUACUAUGGCUACUUUUGAAGAAAGUUUGAAUGUGACUCGAUUCUAUUUGAAGUUCUUUGCAUUUUCUCACAUGCCCUGGAGGGUGAUGGGGAAAGACUUGCACCAGGGUAGAAGAACCAAAUCUAAGACUUUACCAUUCUGUUCUGGGGAACCAGUGUGGGGCUCCCUCCACCCUUAACAGAUAAAAAUCCCUUUUCUUAUAAAGGAGAAUUUUAUGUAAUAGCUAUUCCCAAAUUCUAGGAAUAACCUAAAAAAAUACAUGUUUUAGUAAUCAGGUUAUAAUUAUUCUCUACUGGAAUAGUUGAAUAAAACAACUGUUUUCUCUGCUUACUAUUUUUGUGAUGAGAGAAUUUUUUAUAAAAAAUGCAUAGCAAUCUGAUUAAAUAGAUCUCUUAUUGCUUCAAAGCCAUAGCAGCCAAUUAUUUUAGUCUGGAGCUUUAAGCUCUUUUUUCUCAUGAAAUAAAUGAAAACAAAAAAUUCCUUUACCAUUCCAGCAGAGUGGAGGAUGAGUAUAUCUGCCUAACUACAAAUCAGUGUUUUAGCAUAUUCUUAUAUGUGAUUUUUAUUUAUUUAUUUUUUGAAGACAGAGUCUCAAGCUGUUGCCCUGGGUAGAGUGCCAUGGAGUCAUAGCUCACAGCAACCUCCAACUCUUGGGUUCAAGCGAUCCUCUUGCCUCGGUUUUUCUAUUUUUAGUAGGGACAAGGUCUCGUGUUUGUUCAGGCUGCUCUCAAACUUGUGAACUCAAGCAAUCCUCCUGCCUCGGCCUCCCAGAGUGCUAGGAUUAGUGGCUUCCCAUCAGAGCACAAGUGACCAAUACAGGUGACAAUAAUUUAUUUUCUAAACAUACAAAUACAUUUGUACCUUAAUUUGGCAGCAGAGACUGUUUUGUUAAGGCAAAACAUUAGAAAUUGAGCAGGUAUUUCAUGCCUGUAUUAUGCUUUUUACUUGCUUAUAUAGAAUCACAGUGGGACCAUAAAAUUAUACUAGUAUCUGAAUAUCCUAUAUGAAUUUGAGGGUAAAGUAUAUUUGUACAUAAGUUUAUAUAACCUUGUAUUGAUGAACUUCAUUUUCAGAACUAAAUGUUACAGUCAUUAGUAAUCACAUACACACCUACCUUGAGUCUAUACUAAGCUACAGCUUUAAUUUCUUUUUAGCUAGACAGAUACUGAGCAUCCACUACAUACUUAGCACAAUGCUAGGUACUUAAAAGUGACAUAGGGUAAUGAUAGGCAUAAGAUAUAGCCUCAGUCUUCUGUGAUUUUUCAUAAAUUAUUAACACUACAUUUUUUUUAAAUGCAACAUUAUCCAAUUCAGAGUCCGAGUGACUUAUUUCAAAAGUUCAGAAACCUAUGUCAUCUGAAAUCGGGAAAGUUUCAGAGGCCUGCGUGGUGGCAGGCUUGAGCAUAGUUUGUUUUGAAUCCAAGACAUAUGUAAGUACAGGUUGGGGGCGGCGCCUGUGGCUCAGUGAGUAGGGCGCCGGCCCCAUAUGCUGAGGGUGGUGAGUUCAAACCCAGCCCCGGCCAAACUGCAACAACAAAAAAAUAGCCGGGCGUUGUGGCGGGCGCCUAUAGUCCCAGCUGCUCGGGAGGCUGAGGCAAGAGAAUCACAUAAGCCCAAGAGCUGGAGGUUGCUGUGAGCCGUGUGACGCCACGGCACUCUACCGAGGGCAGUAAAGUGAGACUCUGUCUCUACAAAAAGAAAAGAAUAGGUUGGUAAUCAUGGAGAUUCAGUGUGUAUUUCAAAGAUAACUUAGCUCAGAUAUUCCUAGGUGAAAAUCCUUAGCUAUCAGCCAAGAAUUGCUUUUAGAAAGUAGAUGUAUAGAAAUGGCAGAGAGGGUGGCGCCUGUGGCUCAGUGAGGAGGACGCCAGCCCCAUAUAGCGAGGGUGGCGGGUUCGAACCCAGCCCCAGCCAAACGGCAACAACAAAAAAGAAAUGGCACACAUAGAUUAUUACCAAUAGAUCAUGCAAAUGUUGACCAAAGUCUGCGUUUUGUGUAAGAGGCAAUCUCCCUUUUCUAACUUUUGGUGGCUCACCUUUGCUGGCCUCACUGCUGACUAAAAGGUGUCAAACUGCCACUUUGGGAGUACUUCCCCUGUAGCCUCUUAUUCCGCCAAUAUAAAUUGAAGGUAACAGGCAGUUGAAUCCUACUGUCCUUUAUUGGUAUGGGAACAUAGUUGUGGAACUUUGUGUUUCAGAGUUAAUUCAGUCUUACUGGAUCAGAGAGCAAAUCUUGAUUAUUUUUCAGAAUUAAAUGAGGCCUGUGGGUGUCUGGGUAGAGGAAGAGAGGUCUGUAUUGGAAGGGGAGAUGAAAGAGGAAGGGAAAGAUGGAGUUAAAAAAGGGGAAAACCAGUACAUACAUACAUACAUACAUAUUGUUAGUAAGCCUCCAAUGUCUCCAGGGCCAUUGAGCUAGGAGGCCUUUAUAAAAGCAUGUUUGAUUAAAAACAAGCUACAUGUAACUCAUGUAGCUUGAGUAGGAUUUUGUUGAGUCUAGACUCAAUUUACCCCCAAGUGGAAAAUUUGUAAAUUUUUAUUUAGUAAGCAUGACAGGAAAAGAGGCUUUACUUCAACCGUUAGUAUUGUUACUUCCUAUAGAUUUAUCCCUAGCUAUCCCUAACUCCCUUAACACUCUCAAGAAUCUUGCAUUAUCUUAUACUAAUUCUUGCCAGAUAGAUUUUUUUUUUUUGUUUUGAGACAGAGUCUCACUAUGUCACCCUCAGUAGAGUGCCAUGGCGUCAUAGCUCAGCAACCUCAAAGUCUUGGGCUUAAGCAGUCCUCUUGCCUCAGUCUCCAAAGUAGCUGGGACUACAGGCGCCUGCCACAAAGCCCAGCUAUUUUUUCGUAGCAGUUGUCGUUGUUUAGCAGGCCUGGCCAGGUUCAAAUCCACCAGCUCAGGUGUAUAUGGCCCGCACCCUAACCACUGAACCAUGGGCUCCAAGCCACAGAUAGAUUUUUUGAAAGUACCACCUGCAUGACAGAAGUCACUUCCUUUCUUUUUACAUCUAGUGAGGCUGCUGCUGGUUUUUUUGUUUGUUUUUUUGCAGUUUUUGGCCGGAGCCGGGUUUGAACCCACCACCUCCAUAUAUGGAGCCUGGCACUCUACUCCUUUGAGCCACAGGUGCUGCCCCUGCUGCUUUUUUUUUUUUUUUUUUUUUAAAGACUCAGUUGCUCUGUCACCCUGACUAGAGUACACCAGUGUCCUCAUCGUAAUUCACAGCAACCUUAAACUCCUGGGCUAAAGUGAUCUUCCUGUCUCAGCUUCCUGAGUAGCUGGGACUACAGGUGUCCAUCACCACAGCAGACUAGUUUUUCUAAUUUUUGUAGAGAUGUUGUCUCACUCUUGCUCAAGCUGGUCUUGAACUCCUGACUUCAGGUGGUUUUCCCACCUAAGCCUCCCAGAGUGCUGGGAUUAUAGGUAUGAGCUACCAGGUCUGGCCCAGUGAUACUUCUUAAAAUAUUCUAAUACACUGAGUUUGUAUAUUUAAAUUCUUUUCCAUAUUAGCUUUACUGGUAAGUGCUUGUUACCCAGAUGUCUUAUAGUCUAAAGAGUAUGAAAUGGUAGUGAGUGUGUCUAGCCCUAAUGGCUAUUAGGGAUAAUUUCUUUCAUUGUAUAUGCUAAUAUAGAUGUAUAAUUCAGAUAAGCUUUAAAUUAAAAUUUUAUAUUUUCAGCAAACAUUAGGUUGUGCUCAUCAUUUAUUGCCGGGGUCCCACCUCAGGGCAGGGUCUGUUGAGACCUGUGGAUUUGGCUGCCAUUGACUGGGGAAAAGUAAAGUUAGAAACAAUGAGAGACAAAGAGGUAAGACACACAGAAUAUAAUUUUAAAGGUGGGAGCAUAGGGGACCAGUGCCCAUUUGUGGGGUUCUUAUGAGUGGCCCUGAGUGUUCCACUCAGCUUUUAUUGAAGGCUAUUUACUCAUUAGCCCAGAGGGUAGGCUGAGAAAGGGAACAAAGACUUCAGCAGUUUCUCUUAGCAAGCAUCCUUAUUGUUUCUAUAAUCAUUAACUUUAAGGGUCUGAGGAGUCUUGAGAAAUCCAGAACCUGAGCCUUGUGUGGGGGCAGCCUCUUGUCUGUGGUCACACACGCAGAUUCCUGGGUGUGUGUGUGUGUUAAUCUCAGCUAGUUCACUGUGAAGUAAAACGCCACUGGCAUCAGUCCCCUCUGAAGAAUUAGUGUGAAAGAGGAAUUGUCCUCUCAUCACCACCACAGAGGCGUCUUCCUCUGUAAUAGGGAUAUAAGCCCUCCUAUCCAUAUUACAGGGCUCUGGCUGUUGACUGAGCAGGGGAUGGCCUAGUGAAUGUUUCUUGCUUGGCCUUGCACACAGCUUCAUCUGCGGCCAUUAUUUCAAGAGCGUUCACAGACCCGGCAAGGGUGAUGCCAAGCUAUAUCGCCUAUAGGCCAGGCUUCCAGGAAACUGCUCAGAUAAGAUAUUUAGCAGGAGCUGGUUUAAAGGUAAACUAGCUGACUUCUCUUUGUUCCACCUUGCUCAGCUUAUUUUUUUAUUUUCCCUUUUUUCUAGGGGUGUUUACCCUUGCCAAGAACGAGGUCUUUGGUCCCCAUUCUGCCUGCAAUUUGUAAUAUAACAGUAGAGUGGGCCCUUUAUGUUUUUAACCAAUAUGUCCUUCCUUAAAAUCCAAAGACACAAAUAGAAUGAACGUACUUUUACCUCAAAACCUGAUGACAGCCAAGUUGGGAUGCAACAUAGGCAACAGGCUGGGUUUUUUUUACUUGCUAAACAACCAUUCUCACAUUCAGUCUUUUUGUAAGUUUCAGAUUGUUGCUGUAGCCAGAUCAUCUAUGUUAAAGAAAGUGUCAAAGCCAAAUGAUAAACCUAGGGAAACCAGUCUUGCUUUUUAUCUCAUUAACCCUGCAUAGUGUUCAUUUUGGCUCUAGCUAGUUAGACAAGUAUUCAGUUUUCAAGACAUGGUAAGCCAACCACUUUGCCUAUUAGUUUAUAGAGGCUUGAUAAAGUUCCAGAAUACUUUUUUAAAGGGGGCCACAUUGUGCAUUUUUUCUAGACUAAUAUGAUUGAAAAGGAAACCUGUAGUACUGUACAAAUUAUAUCAAACUGACAUAGCUUGAAUUCUGUUGACAAGAAAAUGGUAUUUGUUCUAGUGUUAUAAGGCUUUGACUCAGAACUUUUAAUGACAUGAGAGCUGUGUGGUGUAUUUUUUUUUUUUUUGUAGAGACAGAGUCUCACUGUACCGCCCUCAGGUAGAGUGCCAUGGCGUCACACGGCUCACAGCAACCUCUUUACUCUUGGGCU